UUGUCACCACGUGUUGGUCCAAGCACGCCGAGUACCGCGCAAGUGCGCACAGCGACACCAGGCAUGCUUGGAAGGACGGUACCUCGACAACUGAACAACCUAUGCUGGCGUCGUGAACUACAGUGAUGAUUUGGUUGUCGCACACGACAAGUAUGCCAAGGCUGCAGAUCACCUCGUCGUCAUUCCUCGUUCAGUUCUACCGAUCGGAGUAGGUGACUUCAGUUGAAGCCAUCUUGUGUUGCUGCGACGUAUGGCUGAGCUCACGACACCGUUGUCGUCGACGCAUCCUGUUAAGUGGGCUUCGCUCAAGAACAGGAAGCAUUUGCAUUCUUUUACAACGACGUUCAUCAAGCCCCUGGCAGAUAUGAUUGCAGCGAUCAACGCAACCCGUACAUUUCCACUGCGUUGCAACCGCGAGGAGCAGAAGGUGGACUACUUUAGGCAUGACAUGUGUGUGCCCAACACCAUUACAACAUUUGCAACCUGCCACCGCGAAAAUUCGCAUCCUGCCACGGUCACGUUGGAAGCUAUAAAAUUUCGUCUGGAGCCAUGUGGACAACGUGAUGGAUCCGUGAAAGUGCCGACGUCGAAGAAUCACGUCCCAGCAUGGGAAAUAAACGACGUGAGAGUACAAAACUUCCAAGAAAUUGCUAGGAAGUUCGCCUUGCUUCCACUUCCAAGGCGAGGCAGACAUCGCAGGAAUUCCCCGUCUUGAAUACUUCAUGGCAAGGUCAAGCAGGAGAGCUUGGAAGCCAUGCAUUGUCGUGUGCCGAAAGGCUUUAAACGAGUCCUCCAUCAACAUCACGAGCAACGAACUGUGCAGGCAACGCAGGAAUGCCACGGCACCGUCCAUCGACUGCACGAGGAUGCUGGUAUGACAUCGUUGCCGAAGAUCGUUUGAAGGGUGGCUCCGACUUCACCAUGUACCAACCCUACGACUGAUAGAUCGAAGUGGAGUGCGAAGUGCGGCGCCCGGUUAAAGAGACUUCCGCAAGGGAGGUGGAAGUCGAAUCACGGCGUUUAAGUGGUCUUGCGACGACAGGGAAACUUUGAAUGUAUCGAUCCCUUCGCAAGAAUCGCAUGGACAUCUUGCAAUGUGUUGUGCUGUCGAGCGUCGAAGCACUAUGCCAAAUCGAGUGGAAUUGCGAUGGCAAAUCUGCGACCCUACCACGAUCAUGCCCAUACCGUUCGGACGCUCGUCUUUUUCCAAAGUAAGACGAUGCUAUCAUCGUCACUUUUGGCCAAGAUAUUGAUAAAAAACAGUUCAAUGCUGUCGCAAACUGUGAGAACUGUCGAAGCACG